AUGCCAUCAUGGUGGGGAAAGUCAUCUUCCAAGGAUGUAAAGAAGAAGACUAGCAAGGAGAACUUCAUUGACACCAUACAUAGAUUCAUCAAUCCAACAGUACAAAAGGGGAACACAAGAUUAGGAGGGUCCUUAAGGCGAUGCAGUGACACAGUUUCAGUAAAGGGUGCUCGAUCAACAGUAGGGUCUAGAUCACCAUCACCCUCUACUCAGGUUUCUCGAUGUCAAAGUUUUGCUGAUAGAGCACAUGCUCAUCCUCUUCCACUUCCACGGGUGCCAGCCUCAGACAUUAUGUGCCAAUCUGCUACACAUGUACCAAGUCCAAUUCUGCAGAAGCGUGGCAAACCUCCUCUACACUUGCCUCUUCCAACUCCGCAUCAUAUCUUAAGCAGGCCAGAUGCAAUAGAUAAUGAGGCAGAUUUGGCUACCGCUUCUGUUUCGAGUAAUUGCUCCAUUGAGAGUGAGGAUACUCCAGAUUCUCGGCUUCAGAGCCCUGUGGGGAAUGAUUUUGAAAAUGGUGGCGGAAUGGUCGUCGAUAACCUUUUAAGGUAUGUUUUGGUGCACUUUUGCUCAUUGAUGUCGAUCAUUUUCCUCUAUAUUCUUCUUAUAGAAUAAUUUGGAUGUUUCUUGUUGAAGUGUGGCCUGUAAGGGUCAAUCGACAAAAUUUUCCCCGAAGAAUGCAAGAGAAACUGCAAAGCCAGCGAGUAUUCUUUUCAACAUUCGAACUGCAUCUACAUCACCCAAGCAUGGACUUUUAGCGAAUCAGGCUUAUGUACAGACUGCCCGUCAUGGUGCCUUUGCAAGUGCACCUGACAGUUCAAUGUCAAGCCCUACUAGAAGUCCUAAGAGAGUGGUCUGUCCAGAGCAGAUUCCAACUUCUGCUUUUUUGGGAGCAAAGCCGUACCAUGAUGUUAAUCUCCUUGGAUCUGGUCAGUGCUCUAGUCCAGGAUCUGGUCAGACAUCUGGACACAAUUCCAUGGGAGGAGAUAUGUCGGGCCAGUUGUUUUGGUUGCACAGCAGGGGCAGCACUGAAUGCUCCCCAAUACCCAGUCCUAGAAUGACAAGUCCUGGGCCCAGCUCUAGAAUUCAUAGUGGUGCUGUUUCUCCAUUACAUCCAUGUGCUUGUGGGACCGCACCUGAGUCACCUAAACAGAGACAUCGCCUUCCUCUACCCCCAAUGGCUAAUCCUAAUGCCUCUCAUUUUCCCUCAUCUUGUUCUGGGUCCAAUAAUCCUUCUCCAUAUCCUCGAAGCCCUGGAAGAUCAGAUAAUCCCGCAAGCCCUGGUUUACACUGGAAGAAGGGAAAGUUAAUCGGAAGGGGCACAUUUGGGCACGUGUAUAUUGGUUUUAACAGGUAUGCCUACCUCAUUCUUAGACCUAGUCGGUUUGUUCUAUGGUGAUAUUUCGUUGCUGUUAAAGAAGUUUGAGCUAAGGCUACUCAUAGAUUCUCUGAUAAUUAUGCCUUGUCUGUUCUGAUAAUUUCUGUUAGCAUCUCAUAGAUGCUCAAAAUUCAUUGGGGUAGGUUCUUAUUUUUUACACUAGUGUUUCCCACUACCUGUGAAUUGCCUUACUUCUGACCAUGUAUGUUUUUCUCUAUAUAAAAGUGUCAUUUUCUAUUCUAAAUGGCGUACAUCAGACCAAUGACAUUUAUGGUUGUUGGAUUUCUGACUGUGGGCCUGCUGAAGAACUGGGUCCAAUUUAUUCCAUUCAUUUCUUCUUGAUGCAUUCUUCUGUUGUCUGUCGUUAGCAUUUAUCAAGAGCGAUAAUUUGAAGGAAUGCAAGACGUACAAGAUCUAAAUAUUUUCUGAAUUUUAGUGGCAGGAUGUAGUGGGAGUUUCUUUCUGGGAGGUGUGUAUGGGUUAAGGGGUACUUGACUAUCUGGAAGUACGUCCCACUAUUUCUUCAGGAUGUUUCAAAGAAGUGGAUUGUUUGUAAGAUAGAUGACACAGAAGUGUGAUUCUACGUAAUGCCGCAAGGCAGUUGAAUGGAGAUAAUAUCUCGUUUUUGAAAGGGUAUUUUUGGCAUAUUCUUUUUAGAUAGGAUAUGUUACUUCUAGCCUUGAAAACCUGAUGAUAUUCGACCACUAUUUUCGCUACAUCUUUUGUCUUAAGUGGAACCUAGGGAUUCUUUCUGCUUUCCCAUGCUAAUUGGUACUGUAAUCUAGCAUCCUUCUCUAAAUUCCAAUAAUGUUUGGCUCAAUAGGAAUCUUACAUAAUUUUUCUGACUUUAGUGACAGUGGUGAAAUGCGUGCAAUAAAGGAAGUGACACUUUUUUCAGACGAUGCAAAGUCAAAGGAAAGUGCAAAACAGUUGGGGCAGGUAAAAAAUUAUCAGUUUACGACAUAAGUUAUUGUGUUAUAUAUGCGUUUUAUGAUUAACUGCUAUACUUCUUUCUUUGAAACUGUAUCUAAUUUCAUGCGCAUAUUUUCAUGUAGGAAAUUGCCCUCUUAAGUCGCUUGAGGCAUCCAAACAUUGUGCGGUAUCAUGGAUCUGACAUGGUAUCAUGAUCUUGUUGAUUUAUCUAAUUGAUACUUCUAUUAAACUUGAAAUCCUAAAGUCAUCUAUUACCUUUUUAACUUAAUUUUCUUCUAUGCUCAUUGUCUUUUAUAGAAUACUAUUUAUUUUAUGUAGUUGCCUUUGUUGUUGAUUGAGGUUAUGUCAGAAUUCGUUUUGAUUAACCAGAUCGGUUCUUACGCUUAUCGUUUUUUGUCUUCCUUGUUAUUUUGAACAUGAAAUAUUGGCACAUCUUAUUGAUUCUCCAUUCGAAAUAAAAAAACCAAAAAGUAUCAAAUAUGUUUCCAUAUUAUCUUAGUGUGGGCAUAUCUUGACUGCUUCUAUAGCACAAUUGUCUUAGUCUUAGCUUUGAUUAUGGAGGCUGUGUGAUUGCACAUGAAAGCAGCGUGUGGCUGUUUAGAGGUGUUUGCUUGUACCAUGACUCCUGGUGGAGCCUUCUAGUUUCCCACCAAAAUUAAUGUUGGUUAUAUCUUACGCUUUACAUUUUUACAUGUCUGGUUGUGUUGGGCUUUUAACCCAUAGUAAUCUUCUUUUCUUUUUGGACUGGCUAUGUCUUGUGCGCGGGAGUUAUCAAUCCUCUCCUUUUAUAAACUUUGUUCUCUUUUGCGGCAGGGUGCAGUAAUAUUAAAACUGAAGCUCUUCCUGAUUCUUAAUUUGGUCAGUUCUGGUUUUGCCCUCAGUUCAUAGGGAGAUAGGAUCCUUCACCCCACUGCGCCCAAAUCGGAUUGGUUAAUGAUGUUUUGUCCUAGAAUGUCCAUGGUAUCUCUGACGCUUUAGGCUCUUAUUACUUCCAUUGUAUAGGCGUGAUUCUGUCCACUGGAUCCAAAAAGGAUGUUGCUGGGCUGCUAACACUAUCAUAGUGUGUUGAGAGUAUUUCUGUGUUGCUGUAUGAAUGUUUGGUGUCCAUGUUACCCCUUCAGUUUAAUGCUAUAAAAGGUACUUCUUUUGUAAAGGGAAUCACAAUGCUUCCGAGCCAUGGACAUCUAUUCCUGUUUCCUCGAUUCAAAAUGAUACUGCCUGUAUACUCAUUCUGUUAUGGUGAGUCGAAUCCAUUUUUCAUGUGUUGCUGGGUCAGGUUUGCUUUCUGUAUGUAGGCUGUAGCAUGCCUGUGGUAUUGGGGAUGCCCGUACUCAUGGGGUGUGAGCAAAAGAGGUAGGGGUUGAGGAGAAUCCGAUUCUGUCUUCUGUAUCCAAAAUGAUGUUUCGGGUGCACCAUCAUUGUUAUUAUGAGACAAGCGCGUAUGUGUGAGUGGUAAAACAAGGGCGUCAGAUGCCAACCAUCUAGAUGGACCUUUGCAUCUGCUGCUAACUUUUUGAGUUUAUGUUACGAUUGUCUGGCAGGGUUUCUACAUGCAUCAUGAUUAUGAGUAAAAAAUCUAGAUGAUUCUAUUAUUUUCAGAUGAAAAUGAUGCUUAGAUGAAAAAAUACAUCGGUCAUUGCCUUUUGUGAUAUUCUAGAGAUAAAUAAUCGUUGAAGCGUCGUCAUUAUUCUUUGCUUUCUUAAUUUUAAUGACCUGAAAAUACUGUAAAAUAGUUUAUUGAAAAUGAAUUUUUUUUAAUCAAUUUUUUAAGAAUUUUCUGUAAUGAUUUAGUUGUUUAUCGUUGUAUUUAAUAGGAUGUCAUUUCUUUGAUAAUUUAGUUGUUUGCCGCCGUAUUGACAUAAUUAAUCUGGUUUAAUGAGACAAAGAAUGACAUUCAGUUAAUUUUCGCUACCUACUCUAUCGUUAAUCUGGUUGAAUUUAUUUCUUGAACAGUUAGAUGAUAAAUUAUACAUCUAUUUGGAGUAUGUUUCUGGUGGAUCCAUCCACAAACUUCUCCAAGAAUAUGGGCGAUUUGGUGAGCUGGCAAUUCGCAGCUAUACUCGGCAAAUCCUUUCUGGUCUCGCAUAUCUGCACGCCAAGAACACUGUUCACAGGUGUGCCUAACAUUUUAGUUUUUCUGGAUAACUCAGCUCAAAUGUGUGUAAUUGAUUGCGUGCGUCAUAACAGCAUUUAUCUCUUUCUUGAUAAUCUCUUGCUCUAUCUUCAACUUCUAGAAUCAUUGUUCUUGGCUGACCUCUAUGUUUUGUUCAGAGACAUAAAGGGUGCCAAUAUUCUUGUGGAUCCUAAAGGACGCAUAAAGCUUGCAGAUUUUGGGAUGGCAAAACAUGUAAGUUGUCAGUUGGUCCAUGCAUUAUUACUUUCAUCUAUACUAUAAUACCUAUUGCCAUGAUGUGGGAAUCACAUUUGUAGUAACUUUCUUAAAGUUGUUGAUUUUGCUUAAAUUUCACAGGGAUGACUUUCUUUUUUUACCUUCUCUCGUUAUAAUUCCAUUUGGAUUGUUAUUUUCCUUUUGGUAUUCAUUUUCAAGUAAUGAAGAUUUGGAGAACGAGAAGCAACCUCAUGUAACAAAUAGGGGAAUCCUUUGGGGUAUACUUUGGUUCCCUUUCCUUUGGAGCUGAGCGCUGUUGUGCUAGUUAAGAAUGUUUUGAAGUAUGAGCUAUAUUGGUUCUCAGAAUAAGUUGAUUGGGUUCGGAAUUUCGGGAGGGUGCUAUUCUCUAUCUUCCUCGAAAUUAGGGGAAAAAGAAAGAAGAACCAGCUGUAAAUUGACUGAGUUGACACGGAUUAUCUACUUUCUCUCUGUCACAGUUGUCCAACUUUCUUUCUGCCAACAUGCAUAGCCUCCGAACACCUAGAGAACGUACAUACAUGUUCUCUAUUAGUCACAUUCUAUAUAGAGUUUGACGACCAUGAAUUUAUGACGUGCAGCCCUUUGCCCGAAGUUGCCAUUUCUUUCAUUCUGUAAUUUUUAGAAAUUAGCCUUAGUUCCUACUUUUCAAAUCUUCUUCAAGACCAACUGGAACCUACUUGCAUUCCUUAUUCCUUCUGUGCCUCCUGAUGAAAUUGGCUACGCCUGCCUCCUCAUUCCUUAUUUCUUUUACGACUGGUAAAUGAAAGGAGAUAGGAUCAGAUUAUCCUACCAACUUGCUGAUGCUGAUAAGUGUGCUUCAUUGUAUCCUUAUCAUCGUAGCACCUAGGGCAUCUUGUCUGAAUCACCUGUCUACAACCAAGGUGAGCACUUGUUUGGAGAAGCUUAUGUGACGCCUGUUGCUUGGGAACAGGACUCUGGGCAGCUCCUACAAAAUUUGUGAUCAUCAGUAGACUUCUGUUGCGGUACAGAACAUUUUCACUUAGCAAAUACUUAGCAAUUUUCUUCUGGUAUGCAGAAUAUGACACAGAUACUCGCAUGUUCUGUGGUUUUGAGAGGGGUAACUGAUUUCCAUUCAGCAGUAAAAUAGGAGAUUUGAUAGCAUGCUUCCAGAGUACAUCACAGUGAAAUGAGGCUAUCAUCUUAGACUUUUGAGUGAUCUCCCCUUGAUUUGAUAGAAUGCAAAACUAAAUUUCCCAGGGGAUGAUUUCCAACUCUAGUUUUGCAGUUCAUAUUGGUUAGCAGCUUCUGCCAUCCUGUACUAUGUGGACGGGCUUGCAUUUUUCUCUUUUUCAGUCUCUCUACACACACACACACUAAGUUUGUGAUGGAAUUCCAGCUGUCCAUUGUCAAAAUCCUUGUCUCCUUGUUGUUGGUUAUUUUAUUUCAAAGCUUACGACUUUCCUCGUAUCCAACUUCUUUUGUAGAUUACUGGACAGUCAUGUCCCUUGUCAUUCAAAGGAAGCCCUUAUUGGAUGGCACCAGAGGUUCUCUAUUCACUACUAUUUCUACUUAAUUCUAGCACAAAUGUUCUUGGUAUUAUUUCUCAAUUGCACAUUUCAUUCAGGUAAUUAAAAAUUCAAAUGGGUGCAAUCUUGCUGUUGAUAUAUGGAGUCUCGGAUGUACUGUCCUGGAGAUGGCUACAUCAAAGCCACCUUGGAGCCAGUAUGAAGGGGUUUGUUAUUUCUGCAUUGAACUCUUGGUUUUUAUUAUUUUCAUUUUUCUUUGGUUGUCUAGAUAAUCUGGAAAAAAUGUUAUGCAACUGAAGUUAGCUUUUAUUCUUUCUAUAUUAAAAUCCUCGCAGCCAUUAUAUCAAGAUAGUAACACCAAUCUGAGAAUAAGAAAUGAUUCUCAAUGUUAAUGUACGCAUCUUCUCACCAGUGUUACCUGUGAGUUUUUCCCUUUUUCUAUGAAGCAUAGCACAUCUUGCCGAACAAGGCCGAUACCUUCAUCAUGAGAAGUCAUUUGCUGUACUAUGUGUUAAGCAGUAUUGAGUGCUUUCGUUUUAAAAUAAAUAUAUUCAUUUUCACGUCUGUCCAUUCCAAGCUGCUAUAUCUUUUUCGUUUCUUUUUUCUUUUGUGAUACUGACUGUAUAUUAAUGAACAUGUCAGUUAGGAAGUAGCUUGGUAUCCUUGUUUAACCUGUGAAAUAGUAUCUUGUCGUGGGCCAGGACCCAGUAAAUCUGGGUUCAGGUCAUGUUUUCAGGACUCUAUUCGCCAGUUUACGUCAUCUCAGACUAUGCUUAUAUUUAAUGUCUACUUUGCUAAGUUUUAAAACUAAAAACAGCUAUGUAGUGUAUCAAACGUGCAGUAGAUGUGAUCAUAAUAAAUAGAGGGUUCAUGAAGUUGAAAAAUGUGCCGGUUAGGUUCAUGAAUUCAAAUGUCAUUGGAAUUAAGGACGUCAAUAUCCAAGUAUAAAGUACCAUGCUUCCAGUAUGAAGUCAGGAGAAGAAUAUGCCUACCUGACACUGCAUGUGCAUUGUUUCUUGAGGAUCAUACAUCUGGAUGAGGCCUCUUUGGGGUUAAAAUAAGUGCGGUAGGCAUACUAAACAUACAAGAAAAAAUAACGUCAUAUUUUUUUGGUAUAGUUUUCAAUGAAUUAUGGUCCCCAUUGCACUGCCAGGAUAACGUAUCAAAAUUAUGCAUGAGUUAUGUUAAAGUGAGACCAAAUAAUGCCUAAUCCGAGCUUUUGGUUAUUAAGAAUUAACACCGCGGCUAAUGCUUUGAUAUGUGAAGCACAUGCAAAUGAAUAAGAAUGGUCCUUAGCAGCCAUAGUAGUUGUUGAAUCUGGUGCCUGGUUUCGAGCUCUCAAAUCUCUAUGGUCUUAUAUGUGUUGUUUUCAUGGUGAUAAUGGGAAAUUGGUGUUUUUAUGAGUGUGUAAGUUUGUCAACCAUUUUAGAAAGAUAGACAUUUAUUAGUUCAUCUUCUAGUUGGAGGCCACAUUAUUUUGUCUUUUUUUCUUUUUUGCUUAGAAUAUUAUUUAUGAAGGGCAUCAACCCAGAUAUUGUUAUCUUGACGGGUGUACAUUUAAAAUGAUCUCAUUAGAAAAAACCCGGGGUCCUGAACAAAGGUAGUAUGUCGCAAGUGGAUUAGGAAUGAAUAAGUUGGCUUCAGGGAUUAAUAGGAGCUUACUCAGCUUCAUAUCACUCCCAAAGUUGGGAAGUUUGAACUUUGGGAUGAUUUAGUUUGCAGCAGGGGGGGAAAUAGAUCCUUUCCCUUGGCUGGUUGCCAUUUUUAAGUGGUUUAUCUUUUCUUUUGUUACGGCAGUGGUGUUUUUCUGAAGGAGAUGAAGUUUUAAGGAAUACAUAAAAUCUCAUGGUAAUAAAAAAGAAUAAUUUGAAGUGUAAAACUACAGCUUCGUAUUCUGGAACUUGUAUACGUGCCUGAUACGAACUGGUGAGAUGGGUCAGAUAUUGUUGAAUAACAUGUUGGCUACUCGUUACUAAUGCCAUUUUCUUUCACUAGAUUAGAUGCGUAGGUGUUCUUAUAAGGAAUCAGUAAAUAAAAUAAAAUUGGAUGAGCUUACAGUGUGUUUCAUUUCAUGUUUCCAUAUCUGCAUUCUUCUGAUAUUUUGUUUACUCCUAUCUGAAGAUUGCGGCGAUGUUCAAAAUCGGGAAUAGCAAGGAGCUUCCAACAAUCCCCGAUCACCUCUCUGACGAGGGGAAGGAUUUCGUACGACAGUGCUUGCAGCGAGAACCAUCCAACCGUCCCACCGCUGUUCAGCUUCUAGGGCAUCCUUUUGUGAGAAACGCGGCUCCUAUUUCAAGGCCUAUCGCUGGGUCCGAGACAGUGGAACCUCCAGCAGGCGCUCCUUCCACAGCGGGUUCCAAGGUAAUGUUUUCCCUUUCUACAUCCACUUUACCCUGGUGGGUUCAUGUUAAUGCUAAUGCUGCAUUAUUAUGCGCGUAUUUGCUUUUAAUUUCCAAUAGCUAUCGGUUUAAAAGCCGACAACCCCUCCUAAAUUUUUUUUGGUAUUAUUUUACUGGUACUGAGCUGUGAGGAAGCCGCAUUCUUGUAAAUUAUCUCAAAUUUGUCAUCCAUGAGCGUGUUAUCUAUCCUCUACUUCAGGCAUCUAUCAUUUGGCUGAAUGCCUAAACUACAUCCCAUGUUUGGAUUUGAUUGUACCGUGGUCAGCAUUUUUCUAUUUCAAUUCCUAUAAUUUCCAUUUUGAAAGUUGAUAUCGUACAUUGUGCCAAAGAUCUGAGCUCCCCUGCCUGUCAAGGUGUACCCACGGGGAUACUCUUGCUUCUUCUUCUUUUUUUUCUUUUCUUUUUCCAGAUUUUACGAUUCGGAAAUAAAUUCAUGCUUUCUGAUUAUUUAUCGUCCCCAUUUCAUCACAUUUAUGUAUUUACUUAUGUAUUUAUUUCUUGUUUGAUGAUGGCAUUCAGAGUAGUGGACAAGGAAGGAAUUUAUCUUUCGUGGAUGUGCAAGGGUUGGCAAUCCAACGACUUAAGGCAACGAAGACCAGCUCCACAUCCAGGUGAUUUCAUGUUUUUAAGGGUCCCCUGGAUCCAUUGACUUUGGUCAGAAUUUCGGAAAAAAUGGUGAGCUAGGCCUUGGGCAAGAUGGGGAAGAUACGAUGCAGAGAUCAUUGCUCACUUCAUUGAUUCAGUACAUCUACUGGGUGAACUUGUUGAUCCACCUCUUAUGAACUUGUUCUUCCCCUUUUAGUUUCUCCUCGAUUUUAGUUCAUUUCGCUGCAGAUUUCCUCCACUCUUUCCGUUUCCUGCAGAGAAAAAUCUAAUCCGAGUGUUCUUCCGAUCUUGCUUGCAGUGGCUGCCAGAUGAGGAACAUGUCCUGCCCGGUGUCUCCCAUCGGUAGCCCCCUCCCAGGUUCCUUCGCCACCCACCAUGCCAGCGGGAGGCUGUCCCCCUCCCCCAUAUCCAGCCCUCGGACCACAUCAGGUUCCUCCACGCCGCUCACUGGCGGCACGCAGCGGUCUCCCGGGUUCCUCGCCGACAGCGCCCCCAGGGCCCAGAAGGUCCCCGCCGGCGUUCAUGUCAACUGGCCCACCUGCGCCGACCCCGGCCUGGAGCUCUACUGGGGGCUGCACCAGCAAGAGCGAUCCUCUGGGCGGAUCGUCCUGUCCGAUCAGGUCUCCAGGCAGCUCCUGCAAGAGCAUGUGAAGCCGAAGCUGCCGCCGCCGCUGCUGGGGCCUGGUCAGGCGAUGGGUAUCUGA